AUGUCGGAGGAAGACGCAGAGCUUGUGGGGAUGGGACUUCGUGUCUCUGUGUCUCCUGCACAAACAGCUUUUUACAUUAUGCUGGUUUUCUUGGGCAUUCUGGGUAACGGCACAGUGGUCGCAGUGAUUGGUAAGAGUGUCAUAAUGGACCGAGGUGGUGGACGCAACUCGGACAUCAUCAUCAUAAACAUGGCACUGUCUAACCUGCUGGUUUCUGUGAUGAGGAACACGCUGCUUGUCAUCUCAGACAUGGGACUCCAGCUGUACUCGUCCAGAGAGUGGUGUCAGUUCCUCAUGGGUGUCUGGGUUUGGCUGCGAUCGGUCAAUGUGUGGUCAACGCUCUUUCUCAGUGCCUUCCAUCUCCAGACUUUGAGGCGAGUGGCUCCCACUAUGGGGGUUCUCCAUGGGCCCCGGGGCCCUCCCAAGACCCUGCUACUGAGUCUGGGUCUCAUCUGGAUUCUCAACUUUUGUUAUUCUAUUCCUGCUCAUAUCUUUUCCACUAAUGGCAACGAGAACAGCACAGAGACCCUGAUGCUGGUAAGCAGCACAACGCGCCCCCUGCUGGGCUGUGUGUGGAACUUCCCCUCCAGCUACAGCGGCCUGGCCUAUGCCACCACAUCUAUGGUGAUCCAUGAAACAAUCCCCAUUAUGCUAAUGGCCUUCACCAACCUGGGCUCCCUUUACACCCUUUACACCCAUGGGAGGAUGCGGAGCUCAGCACAAGAUGCACCUGUCAUAAAACGUGUGCCUGCUGAGAGACGAGCAGCCAAGGUCAUUCUAGCUCUAAUUAUGCUCUUUAUUGCAUCCUGGGGAACCAGCAUAAUCUCUGUCAACUAUUUCAACUACAACCGGGGCUCCUCUGCUGAGUUUCUUCUUGUCAUUGCUCGCUUUGCCAACAUUAUCUUCAUUGCCAUGUCACCUGCUGUUCUGGCAGUGGGCCAUCGUCGUCUGCGUUCCUUCAUCAAGUCUACACUUGCUCACUGA